AUGGCCUCCGUUACUGCCCCUUCGCAACCCAAGCCGGCCUUCCCCCGACUUUCUUCAAUUCCCUGCGGUGAUCACUUCCACUCACGCGAGUCGUCUCCCUCGCCUUGCAGCACCCCAGAUGGGUCCAGGUCUAGCAGCCAGCGUCGCCCCUCAUUCGGUUCGAUCAAAGAAGAUACAGAGGACGGAAUUGCGCAAUCAUUUGUGGACACCCAUCAAGUCCCAUCUCCCCAAGAGCAAGAGCAAGAGCAAGAGCGUAAGGUCGAGCGCCCCAACCUGAUGCAACAGGCCCCGGACUUCUGCUGUCCUUGUGGUGGAUUCCUGGGAUGGAAGCAAAUUCGAUUGGGCGGGAAGAGCUUGAGCCGUAGCUAUAGCGAUCUCCGUGGGCUCGGAAAGCUACAAGCAAAGGGUUGGGCAUGGGAAGCUCAGGACCCCGAACCGCAGCUUCUCCCACCCAAGGUCCCCGAGAUGGAGAUUUUGCAGACCCCUCCCGGUACAUCGCCUUUGGAGAAGCUGCCCCCGGAGGUUCUUGAUCAAAUCAUCUCUAACCUUGCCGUCGAUCUUCCACCGAAUGGAUACGCCCCUCGCAACGUGGAUUUGGUCUCGUGCCUGCUUACAUCUCACACGUUGCACGCUGCUACCUUGGGUGUCUUGUACAGGAACAUGACUUUCCCACACUCCAUUAUCUUCUCCAAGGCACUUAAUCACAUGUCGCAGUAUCCGGCGUUGGGGACAUUGGUGCGCCGUCUGGACUUCUCCCACUUCACCUCCGUCGGUCUGGGUCGCACAAAGCAGAUGAACGCUGAAAUCCAGAACCUGACAUCCAAGACCCUCUUGCGGUGCUUGGAACUUCUCCCCAAUUUGAAGGAAUGCCUGCUGCAGGAACACCUGGAAGGCGAUAUUAGCGUGGAAAUCAUUCGGAAGCUCUUGAUGGGGCUGCCAAACUUGCGCGCCGUGGAUUUCUGCGGUUGCUCGACUCAGGCAUUCUCCGGGGUUUUCCAGGAGGCCUUGGUCGGUGGGCCUGCGCUGCCCAUGACUAUGCCCAACCUGAAACGGCUCUCGCUCCACGAAUGCAGCACUAUCCCCGCUCCCAUGUUCGACUACCUUCUCCCGCGAUUGGUCAACUUGACGCACCUCGACCUUACCCACACUCAGGUUAACGAUUCAGCUCUCAUCGCCAUCCCCGAGACUGCUCGUAUCUCGCAUUUGAGCUUGUCCCGAUGCACGCGCCUCCGCCCAUGUGCCCUAGUUCAAUUCCUCACCACCCACCCGUCGGUCAACCAGUCUCUCGUUUAUUUGAACCUGUUGACAGACCCGACCCGCUUCCGUCUUCUGGAAGAGACGGAUGUGUCUGCUCUGCUGCCAAAGCUUCCCGGUACUAUGCGUUCCCUCAACCUGGGCGGAGCGAAGAUUACAUCGGACCAUGUACCAUACUUGGUGCCCAUGACCAAAUACCUGGAGGAGCUGGGUCUCAGCUCUGCGGAUCUCUCAGUCGCGGACGUGAACGCCUUCUUCGGUCGCUACCGUAACCCAGCCACGGGAGUCGAAAUCGAUGCCCCCAGCACCCUCUGCUACCUCGAUCUUGCCAAGGUGCCGCAGAUGACUAUUGGAGCCAUCUUCAACACCAGCGCUUGUUCCCUGCUCUCAAACCAAAGCUACCCCUUGCAGGUCGUUGAGUUCAGUGACAAGAUUAUCACACCGCUGCGUGAGCGUGCCAAGACUCAGCGCGCCUCCGUUGGCUGGACUGUGCGAGACCUCGGCCGUCGUGGCUGGUAUGUUCGCGAACCAUCCUCGAUGCCCCACGAACCCACCGAUGAUGGCGCUCGCUACUGGAAGAUGGGUGCGCGCUGGUGGGGCAUGCGCAAGAUCCCCAUGGCCGUCGGUGAGGUCGGCGGCCUCUACGGCCACUACAUGUUCAAAAAAUGA